AUGACGAUCGCUGCUGCUGGCGGCUCCGUCGCCGUCCUGCCGCACUCCCCCGCCCCCAUUCUCCCCGUGGCUGCCGCCACAGGCCUGCUAUUCUCUUGUCUACUCAUAACAGUAAACAGAACAGCUCCUGACCCCUACAUGGACGAGAUUUUCCAUAUCUCACAAGCCCAGAAGUACUGUGAAGGACGAUUCGAUGAAUGGGAUCCCAAGAUCACAACAUUUCCCGGACUGUAUUUAGUGUCAACGCUGUACGCUAAACUUGCUUCGACGUUCAAUACGGACGACUUCUGCUCUGUAGCAGUACUACGAAGUGUGAACGUGUUAUUUGCGGUGGGGAACGUCGUACUGUGCGCGUCGAUCAGACACCACGUGGCGCCACAAGACCCCCAUGCACUUCUGCAUGCACUGCGCAUUGCAGUGUUCCCACCGCUAUUUUUCUUCACCUUCUUGUUUUACACGGACGGAGGGGCGACGUUCUUUGUGCUAUUGAUGGCGCUGCUGGCGGAGAGGGUGGACCUGUUGCAGUAUCCACCAGCGAGAGGAAGCUUCAUGCUCAGCGCCUUGAGUGGAGCGGUGGCGGUGCUUUUCCGUCAGACGAACAUCGUCUGGGUGGUCUUUGUGGCUGGCACUGUUGUGGUUCGCUGUGUGGAGCUUGCUCACUCAAAAUUCAUCUACGGCGUCAGUGGCACUGCGUCCAUUGUCACACACAGGUAG